CUCUAAAGUGGCCCAAUACUCACUAUCACACUAUUAUGUAGACAUGGCCCGGCUUAUCAAAAUUGGAUUAAAAUCGAUUAAAUUCGAAUCGAGCGGCCCAUGGCCGGGCCUACUGUACCCUCUCCGCUCUAUUUGCUCGUUUCCCGCCAAACCAAAGCCGGAGCGCGCCAAAGCUAAGUACCCUUCCCUCGCUUUCUCUCUCUGCCCCCUCCUACUCCUCAAAGCAAGUCCAAAAAUUUUCCUCCACUUUCCCACUGACCAAACAAGGAGGAAAGAAUCCGACCAAAAAGGCGAAAAUAAAAUGAAGGGAGGAACAGUGCAGAUCAAUUGGCAUGACACAAAACCUGUCCUAAGCCUAGAUUUUCAUCCAAUUUCCGGUCUCCUCGCCACAGGCGGUGCCGACUUCGACAUCAAGCUUUGGUUAAUAAAUUCAGGUGAAGCCCAGAAGAAAAUCCCAACGGCUUCCUAUCAAAAUAGUCUUUCCCACCAUUGUUCUUCUGUGAAUGCUCUUCGUUUCUCUCUCUCUGGAGAUCUACUUGCCUCUGGUGCCGAUGGGGGGGAGUUGAUUGUAUGGAAGUUAAACUCUACAGAAGCUGGUAAAACGUGGAAAGUUCUCAAGAAUUUAUCAUUUCAUCGCAAGGAUGUUCUGGAUCUGCAAUGGUCUCCUGAUUGUGCAUUUUUGAUAUCCGGAUCAGUUGAUAAUUCUUGCAUCAUAUGGGAUGUUAACAAAGGUUCUGUGCAUCAGCUAUUGGAUAAUCAUUUCCAUUAUGUUCAAGGUGUGGCUUGGGAUCCAUUGAACAAGUACGUUGCUUCUCUUAGUUCAGAUAGAACUUGCCGAGUUUAUAUCAAGAAGCCUCAAACAAAAACAAAAGGCUUUGAGAAGAUAAAUUAUGUUUGCCAACAUGUCAUUACAAAGACAGAGCACCAAUUGGCAGAUGAUUCUAAGUCUUCAAAAAACCAUCUUUUUCAUGAUGAAACGUUGCCAUCUUUCUUCCGAAGAUUAGCAUGGUCACCUGAUGGAUCAUUUUUACUUGUUCCAGCAGGUUCUUAUAAGAUGUCACCUGCAUCAGACAUGGUAAAUACUGCUUAUGCAUUUUCCAGAAAGGAUAUUUCAAGGCCUGCUUUAAUGCUCCCUGGUGCCAGCAAACCUGUUGUAGCUGUUCGCUUCUGCCCCAUGGUUUUUAGCCCUAGGGGAUUGCACUCAGCUGGAUUCUUCAAGCUUCCUUAUCGCCUAAUUUUUGCAGUGGCAACUUUAAACUCGUUGUACAUCUAUGACACAGAGAGUGCGCCUCCAAUAGCAAUCUUGGCUGGUCUUCACUAUGCAGCCAUAACUGACGUUGCCUGGUCAUCGAAUGCCCAGUAUUUGGCUGUGUCUUCUCAAGAUGGUUACUGUACUUUAGUAGAAUUUGAAACCAAUGAACUGGGAUUGCCCAUCCCUUCAGCAGAGCACAAGAAAGAUCUGUUUCCGGAGAAUAAAAGCCCUAUUAUUGAGAAACGAGAGGACAUAAUGAUUGAAACACCUGUAAAUGAUGGUUCUAUAGCAGAAAAUAGCAAAAAAACAGAGCCAGAGAAGAACGAAGGGGAACGGGCUUCUCCAAGCUCAAUUAGCACUCCCAUCUCAAAUAAGCCGGCCAAGAGACGAAUUACUCCCAUGGCAAUUGAUCCAAAAUAAUUAUCAGAAUUUUGGACAGCUUCACAUCAAAUUUUCUGGAGUGCUUCAAGUCAGCCCAAGAUCCUUUUUUUACUAACCAUUUCUAAAUGAAAUGUGCUUGUACAGCAGCCAAAUUUUUGUGGUUAUUAGAGAAUAAUCUGCGUUCUAUUGCUCUCACAGUUCACUUUUUAAAGCUUUUCACAUAACCAAUAUCCCAAACACCAUAUGACCCAUUGGAUGAUUUCGGUGGGAUAAUUGCAGACAGGCUUCCUUCCCACAUAGGCAGGUUGAUUUUCUGAUGCCAAGCAAUUUGAUAGAUUAGCACAAGUCAGCUUAGUGGUACUUGUAACUCAUGAAAGGUGGCAUCUUAACAUGUCAUAAUGUCAGUCCAUAUAUAGAAAGAAGUGAUUCCUAUAA